AUGCCGAUCGGGGUAAGCAGCCAAGACAAUAGACUGACUGGGACUGCCGCGGAGGACCACGGUUGCCAAAGACAGCACGUCUUCUUUUUUUCGAGCAGGUCUUCCUCUCUCGACGUUUUCUGGCCUCUGCGUGCAGUUCCCAAAGCUUUCUUCGUCUUGAACAGCCAGAUCACCUGCUCCAGCACAGAAUCAAGGCAAGCUACUGCUUCGUUGCGACGGCCUACCUCUGUGAUGUUUUUUCCAUUUUUCCAUGUUGUUGUGGGAAAAUGGGACAACGAAACGGACUUCCUUGUUCGUUCAGUGGCCAGCGACUCUGUCUUGUUUCACAUAUCACCACGCCACGUUGGUAGAAAUAUUUACCCUUGA